AUGUUACGCUCGGGUGUUUCUCGUUGUUUGCAAGCCGGUCAAUCGUUCAGAUUCUUUGCGUCCGGCAAAGAUUUGCCAAUUACCAAAACACAUGACGCCAAGAAGAUUGAGCUCGGCGACAUUCUUGAAAAGAAAACCCCGAAGACACCGGUUACUGUCACUGUUGAUGAAACAAUGGACAUCGCCGGAGUACCAUUGGAACACCAAGAAGAGCGCACCGCACGAAUUUUUAAAGCAGCCAGAGAAGCUACUCAAAGCGCGUGGGGAAACACCAAGCUAUGGCGUGUCGAACUCGAUAACCGCCAAAGAUGGGAAAACCCCUUGAUGGGAUGGUCAGGAACUGCUGAUCCUCUUUCAAAUGUCUCAAUGGACUUGAAAUUUGCUACCAAAGAAGAUGCUAUCGCGUUCUGUGAGAAGAAUCGGUGGAAUUUCGACGUCGAAGAGCCGCAUGCACGCCAAAUUAAACCGAAAAAUUAUGGUCAAAACUUUGCGUGGAACCGCAGAACUCGCAUUGGUACCAAGUAA